CUUAAUUCUCCAUCGCCCGUUUAUUUUGUGCGCAUGACCUGGCAUGUGAGCCCCCUGCAAAGAAUGUGGAGGCUCCCAAGCGCUAGGGGAAGCCCUGGAGCUCUAGCUGGCAACAGUGCCGGGGGAGGGCCACUCAGCUGGCUCAGUCCGUCGUCGGCACAGAGCGCGCGGCUCCGGGGUCCGGGAGAAGCCGGCGCCUUUGAACCAACAGAGCAAUCAGAGGAGCUCUGCAGAAGCGGAGCAUGCCUUAGGCGUCUCUUUCCAUUUCUGUGGCCUUCGUGGGGAGUUUCGUUGUGCAGCCCCUCCCUCAAGGGGUCUUGAGUCGCUCCCACACAACCCUUGAAGACGUGGGUGGAAAAUGAGGGAGAGAAGAGUAGGCGGGAGCCCCCCUGCGGUGUUCGCCCACAGACGGUAGCAUUGUGGGAGUGUGUGGGGGCGGACCGGGCCCCGGAGCAGAACAAUUGAGGCACUCCUCCUCUCUCCCGUGCCUGAGUUGAAGCCUACCUAUGGAGCAGGCCCAGUGCCCGAGCCAUGGCCCUGCCUCGGACACUGGGGGAGCUGCAGCUGUACCGGGUCCUGCAGCGCGCCAAUCUCCUUUCCUACUAUGAGACCUUCAUCCAGCAGGGAGGGGACGACGUGCAGCAGCUGUGUGAGGCGGGUGAGGAGGAGUUCCUGGAGAUCAUGGCACUCGUGGGCAUGGCCACCAAGCCCCUCCAUGUCCGACGCCUACAGAAGGCACUGAGAGAGUGGGCCACCAAUCCAGGGCUCUUCAGCCAGCCAGUGCCUGCCGUGCCCGUCUCCAGCAUUCCACUCUUCAAGAUCUCUGAAACUGCAGGGACCCGGAAAGGGAGCAUGAGCAACGGGCAUGGCAGCCCAGGGGAAAAGGCGGGCAGUGCCCGCAGUUUUAGCCCUAAGAGCCCCCUUGAACUUGGAGAGAAGCUGUCGCCAUUGUCUGGGGGACCUGGGGCAGGGGACCCCCGGAUCUGGCCAGGCCGGAGCACUCCGGAGUCUGAUGUUGGGGCAGGAGGAGAAGAGGAGGCUGGCUCACCCCCGUUCUCCCCACCUGCAGGGGGAGGAGUCCCUGAGGGGACUGGGGCUGGGGGGCUGGCAGCAGCUGGGGCUGGUGGUGGUCCGGAUCGACUGGAGCCAGAGAUGGUACGCAUGGUGGUGGAGAGCGUGGAGAGGAUCUUCCGAAGCUUCCCAAGGGGGGAUGCUGGAGAGGUAACUUCCCUGCUGAAGCUGAACAAGAAGCUGGCACGGAGCGUGGGCCACAUCUUUGAGAUGGACGAUAAUGACAGCCAGAAGGAAGAGGAGAUACGCAAAUACAGCAUCAUCUAUGGCCGCUUUGACUCCAAGCGGCGGGAGGGCAAGCAGCUGAGCCUGCAUGAGCUGACCAUCAACGAGGCUGCUGCCCAGUUUUGCAUGAGGGACAACACUCUUUUACUGCGGAGGGUGGAACUCUUCUCCCUGUCCCGCCAAGUGGCCCGAGAGAGCACCUACCUGUCCUCCUUGAAGGGCUCCAGGCUCCACCCUGAAGAACUGGGAGGCCCCCCCAUGAAGAAACUGAAACAAGAGGUUGGAGAACAAAGUCACUCUGAAAUCCAGCAGCCUCCCCCAGGCCCUGAGUCCUAUGCACACCCAUACCGCCCCAGCCUGGAGGAAGACAGCGCCAGCUUGUCCGGGGAGAGCCUGGAUGGACACUUGCAGGCUGUGGGGUCGUGCCCAAGGCUGACGCCGCCCCCUGCUGACCUGCCUUUGGCGUUGCCAGCCCAUGGGCUGUGGAGCCGCCACAUCCUGCAGCAGACGCUGAUGGAUGAGGGGCUGCGGCUAGCCCGCCUCGUCUCCCACGACCGCGUGGGCCGCCUCAGCCCCUGUGUGCCCGCAAAGCCACCUCUCGCAGAGUUCGAGGAGGGGCUGUUGGACCGAUGCCCUGCCCCAGGACCCCAUCCUGCUCUGGUGGAAGGUCGAAGGAGCAGCGUGAAAGUGGAGGCUGAGGCCAGCCGGCAGUGAGGGGGGGACUGGCGUCCUCAGACCCAGGGCGCCAGGCUUCUGGCUCACAUAGACCCCUCCACUCCAUCCCUGGCAUCUAGUCACAACCCUGGAUCCUUCCGCUGCCCUUCUCCUGCCUCCCCACCUGCCCCAUGGGCAUAGAACUAUGGGGCUUCAAGCAAUAACAAGCAGGGGCCUGGCGAGAGGACACAAGGAGGGUGCACGGUGCCCCCUCACCCUUGCCCAGAGCAAGGAGGCAAGAACUCUGCCUCCAGGGCACUUGGGAUUCUCCCCUCCCUUACACAGCACACUCCCAUCCUCUCUAGUUAGAAUCAGUGACGUGAGCAGUUGGACUCAGUUUGGACAUGGGGGAAAAGGGGACUUCCCUGGGAGGGUCCAGCAGCUAAAAACGGAAACUGUUUCCCCCCAGCUCUGGGGGCCUGGGAACACUGGACCUGCUCCUCCCCUCUGCUCCUCCAUUUUUGUGCUUCUAGUUUGUUUCUUUAAUUUAACAAGUGCUGCAGUUCGCCCACCCAUCCCCAUCUUCCCCCCAAGUCCUCAGCGGUUCUCUCCCUCUUGCCCUCUCUAGGGGGGGUGUGGGGUCCCCUUCACUGGCCCCCUCGGGAGGCCUGGGUGGACUCAGGGUCUCCCUCAGCUGGGAUCUGGGCCGCAGCACCUGUCUGAGCAGUUAGAGCGUCUUUCUUUUCAGAUCGUGUACAGUAGAUUAUUUAUUUUGUUAUUUUGGAAUAAAAUUUAUUUUAUGGCUUAGGA